GUAAUCUCCUCUGCUACUCGUGUUGGGGUUGGUUACGACAGCACCGUUUACGCUGAAACUGCAACAAAACACAGAGUUCCAGAUGAUUAUUUUCUCAAAAUCUUAUUGAACGUUUUGCUUCGUCGGGAUAUGAAUUCAGAAAUGCUACAAAGCCCUGCUACCGAGCUACAGCGACAGCUGCAGUCGGGCGAACUAACAAGUGUACAGCUUGUCGGUGGCUUCUUGGACCAAAUUACGGCGCACAAUCAUGAUGGCAUGCACCUAAAUGCGCUGAUUUCUGUUCUUGAUCGGUCGCUGGCUCUUGACACUGCGAGAAUACUUGAUGAGGAGCGAGCACAGGGUAAAAUCCGAAGUUCUCUCCAUGGCAUACCCAUUGUUAUCAAGGACUGUAUUGUGACAGACCCCCGUCUUGGGAUGCCAACGACAGUUGGUUCUCAUAUGUUCUCGAAGCAGAGAGCAACUGGCAACGCUCCUGUAGUCGAUCAGUUACUUGAAAGCGGGUUGAUUGUCAUUGGAAAGGGAAACAUGACGGAAUUCUUGGGCCUUAAAUCGGACAACACACCCAUUGGCUGGAGUGCAGUUGGGGGCCAGACACUCUCUGCUCAUAGGAGCCCAGAUCUGGAGGAGAAAGACCAGCCAACUUGCGGGGGGUCUUCCUCUGGACCCGCCACAGCAAUUGCAGCGGGAUUCUCGCCUUUAGGGAUCGGUACUGAGACAAGCGGCUCCGUAGUUUAUCCUGCGAGUUGCUGCGGGCUAUAUGGCAUGAAGUUAACCCCAGGAAGCGUUUCUACUGCGGGUGUUUUCAAACUGAGCAACACGUUCGACGGACUUGGGGUCCUUGGGCGGACGCCUAAAGACCUCGCACCCCUCACUCAGAUAAUCUUGAAUAAAGAGCGUAGAGAUACCUUUGGUACCCAAGCUCUCGCUUCAAUCUCAGACAAUUCGAGUUGGCUCGAACUAGGUAUAGGCAUGGUUGGUCCGACAUGGGGCGUGGCUUUCGCGUUAGAUAAAUGGUCGGCGUCAGACGUGAAAUCGGCUUACGAGGCAGUUCCUGUACGCCUGAAAGAGCUCGGUACCAAGGUAGAGUAUCCUUUAGAUAUACCUGACGGCGCAGUUCUGAAAUGCGGCGAAGAUAGCCUCAUUACAGCAGCCUAUGCGGAAUUUCCGAAGAGGGUUGAAGAGUUCAUAGCCAACUUUGAAGAGAAUUCAACGCUUAGAUGUUUGGCCGAUGUCAUCCGGUGGAAUGAAGAGCAUCCGGAAGCUCUACCAGCACCAUAUACCACUCAGACGGAAUUGAUCCGUUCACACGACAGUAAGAUGUCAGAAGACCGUCACCAAGAGGUCUGUAGUGAGCUCCGCCGCCUCAUCGUAGAGGGCCAGCUAGGCAACCUGAUGAGCGAGAAGGGUCUGGACAUUAUUCUAGCACCUUCGGACUCGACCAUGGUCUCUUAUUCUGCCUGCGCGGGGUGGCCUAUCGCCACUGUCCCACUAAGCAGGAUGAAAAGCAAUGGCCAACCAUUCGGAUUGUUUGCGCUUGCACGAGAGAAUCGGGAAGACCUACUGCUUAAGUUCAUGCAUCUAUUCGAAAGGGACUUCCCCAAAGUUGCUCCUGCGAUGGGACCGUUUAAGGCUUGACGUUUCCCAGAGUGGCUGAAAGGAGGUAAAAAAGAUGAAUCUAACAGAGCUCUAGGUUUGAGGGAAAGGGUGAACAUGUGAUUAUACGCGAAAAUGCCAUUGGAAUCAAGUAACCAACUCUUUUAGUACCUUCCACCGAUCAUAGUCCGGGAAUGACCGCACAGUUCUGGGAAAUUUGGGACCGAUUACAAUGUGUGGAUAUAGAAAUUCGUGAAAGACUAUUAAAUCCGAGGAACGAGAAAUCGUUCGCAGGGAAUGUCCACCUCAUUUUAUUUUAUUUGUUUGCCUGUUUGCGUGAUAGGGAGCGGAGCGACCUGUGCGCGAGGUACCUCUCCGAUAGAACGGAUAUAGCUUUUCAAGACUUUAAAUUAUAAAGGGGCCCAAUCUUAA